AGCAAAAUAAUAAUCACAGAAAUUGAACAAGGAAGAAGAAGAAGAAGAAGAAUCUAAGCAAUAAUCAAAAUAACGAAAUCAUGGCAGGUAGAUUAACAAACGUCGCAUCACAAAUCUUAGGCGGAAACGGCGUCGUUCACCGAUCUGUAGCUUCCUCUCUCCGCCUCCGCUCCGGCAUGGGUCUCCCCGUCGGCAAACACUAUGUCCCAGACAAACCCCUUCCUAUGAAUGAAGAACUAACUUGGGACAAUGGUACCGCAUAUCCAGAACCUUGUAUAGAUCGCAUUGCUGAUACUGUUGGAAAGUAUGAAGCAUUGGCUUGGCUAUGUGGAGGAUUAAGCUGUUUUGCUGGUUUGGGAUUAUUGGCUGUAUGGAAUGAUAAAGCUUCCAAGACACCAUUUGCACCCAAAGUAUAUCCAUAUGACAAUCUGCGAGUGGAGCUUGGUGGUGAACCAUAGGUAGAUCAAAGGCAAUAAUGGGAUGUGAACUUGUUUUAUAUAUUGUUCUUUUCUGUUCAUUUGUACUCUUGUUUGGUUCAAAAUAAUGGAUUGUGAAAGGCUUACUGAACCAAGUAUAGGGAUUGAAGAGCCGAAUCCGGUUUAGUUCUUUUGACCACUCUCAUGCUUCUGUUGGCUAUAUUGAGUUGGCCAUUAUUCUGCAAAAUUUAUCUACACUUUAUGGAACUGA